AUGGCGGGCAGUGGGACCCCCAUGCCCUUGGUGCCGCCCGCCCACCAGCUCGAGGCCCGACCCUCUGCCUUCUCUCGGAACUCCCAGCUGCUGCUGCUGCUGCUGCUGCUCUUUCCUGACAGCAGAGAAGAUUCGGUCCAGCAGAUGUCACUCGGGGCGGAGCCCGUUCUGCUGCUGGCAGAGGACAGUGCAGGUCUCUCGGAUCAAGGGAAGCAGGAGUGGGACUCUGAAGAGUGGCACUUGCGCUUCAGGGCCUUCUCCUGGGAGGGCAGAAACCCUGUGCGUGCGCUGCGGGAGCUGGUGGAGAUGUGCCGGCACUGGCUGCGGCCCGACCUGCACUCCAAGGAGCAGAUCCUGGAGCAGCUGGUGCUGGAGCAGGUGGUGAUCUCCGCGCCGGAGGACCUGCAGGUCCUGAUACGGGAGAGGCGCGUGCGGAGCUUCAGGGACCUGGAGGACUUGCUGCGGAGCGGCGGGAGCCUCAAGCCUGCGUCGAUUGUCGUGUACCAAGGACAGAGAUUCCUCGUGCAGAACUUGAACGCCGAGACACCCGGAGCAGAGGCCAGUGAGCUGGGUAGCACCGAGCAGGACCUGGAGCAGGAGCAGAACCCGGAGCAGGGGCAGGAGCAGGAGCAAGAUGGCGGGGAGGCAUCCGUGCUGGGGCCCCUGGAGCCGCUGCUGCCCCCGGCUGCCCCAGGUUCUGCAGUGACACAGGAUGACGGGGAGCCCCAGGGUGGAGACGCCACUACUGCUAAUGGGGCUGCUGGAGCUUAUGAGCUCGGGGCCUGCCCCGACAGGGCACCCAGAGGAGGCCCUCCAGGCGUGAGAAGACCCCUGCGGAGGAGCACAGGCCAGGCCCUGUCUGUAGGAGGGCCCCAGGCAGGAGCCAGGCCAGCAGCCUGCACCCCCGGCCAGCGAGCAGCCAGGCCCACUCCGCAUGGGUGCAGGCUGUGCAACAAGGCUUUCCGGUUCCCGUCGCAGCUCACCCUCCACAUGCGGCGGCACACGGGCGAGCGGCCCUUCCACUGUGACACGUGUGACAAGGGCUUCAUGCAGCAGUCCGACCUGCGUGUGCACCAGUGCAUCCACACAGGCGAGCGGCCCUUCCACUGCGACCAGUGCCACAAGGCCUUCACCCACAAGUCCACGCUGCAGGGCCACAAGCGCGUGCACAGCGGCGAGCAGCCCUUCGUGUGCACGCUCUGCUACAAGAGCUUCAGCCACCGGGGCAACCUCAACGUGCACAUGCGCAUCCACACGCAGGCCAAGCCCUACCUAUGUCCCGUGUGCGGCCAGGCCUUCCGCCAGCUGGGCACCAUGAAGCGCCACUGGAGGAACCACGUGACGAGGAGCCUCCGGAUGCCGUGCGAGGCCCGUGGCGCAGAGCCACAGGAGGCAGAGUAG